AUGUUCCAGCCACGCCCACUCCCCUUGCUAGAACAUCAACGCCCUGUCAGCUUCGACACAUCUAGGGAACGGGAAUUUUACGAGUACCUCCCGCCAUCCUGCUUGAACGAACCUCUCCAACAUUUUGAUGACAAUACCCGGUCAACCGAUUUCACCCCACGGUCUCCUUCUGAUUCCGUACUGACUGCAUUUGCGCAGCUAGGUGCUUUACGACUGAAUGCUCAACGUGCUCUGAUCUCUCUUUUCGGUCAACAUGAGCAGCAUAUCUUAGCCGAAUCCACUCGGACCCUGAGUCUGCAGGAUGACGCCGAUCAUACCAUUCGUGAUGAGCUCUGGAUCGGAAACUGCACUAUGUCAUACAAUCGCGGUUUCAUCAAACCGUCAAUGGGUCUCCGGAGUCCCUCGCCUGAAACGAAGGAACCAGUAUGGGUAGUGCCCGACCUCACCCAGGAUGAGGAAUUCAAAAACCACCCAGAUGUGACGAGUUAUCCCAGUGUUCGCUUCCUCGCCUCGACUCCAAUAAUUAGCCCUAAAGGUGUGAUGAUCGGGGCUUACACGGUUUUGGACGACGCACCUCGCGGCUCGCUAGACCCCACAAUCAACAAGUUCUUGUCGGACAUGGCUAUUACAGUGAUGGAUUAUCUGGUGGCGGUGCGAGGGAGAUCCCAGCACCUCCGUGCGGAGCGUAUGAUUGUUGGGAUUGGAAGCUUCCUCGAGGGCAAAGGUAGUCUGCGCAACUCAUGGCUAGAUGCUACUGGCAAAUCGGACUACAUGAAGGACGAACAGGGUGACAAGCCCGAAGGAAGUAUCAACAAGAUACAACAAGAAAAGCAAGUGUCUGAUGGCGUUUCGGAAUCCAUGAGAAAGUCUGGUCGCAAGAGCAGUUCUAUUCGCUCACACGAAGAAAGAGUUUGCAAGCGUAGAUCAAAAGGCACCACAAAAGACCGCCAUCUACCUUUGAGACCUCUCCCUGAGACAACCAGCGAAAGCAGUAUGAAUCCCACGGGAUGCUUAGAUUCAAAGAACGACCUUCAAUCCCAGCUGGGGGAGGCUUUCUCGCGUGGAGCGAACAUCGUCCGAGAAAGCAUCGAAGUGGAGGGGGCUAUUUUCCUCGACGCCAACUUCGGCUCUAGAGGCGCUUUCGUAUCUACUGAAAAUUCCGAUCAUGAAAGUAGCGGUCAAAAUAGUCAUUCCUCGACUUCUGGUGACGAAAGACAAAUUCGGGGGCCGUCAGAUGUGAAUGCCUCCCAUCACACUACCGCGAAUGCCGAAGACUCUGGGAAGGAUACCUCGAAGCCCUGUAGAAUACUCGGCUUUUCAACCACGUACGCAUCCAGCGUCAAUGAUCAAUUGUCUGGCGAUAACCGUAUUGCUAUAUCAGAACCUUUUCUCGCAGGUCUCUUACGCCGCUAUCCGCAGGGAAAGAUUUUCAAUUUUUUUGAAGACGGGUCGAUUUCUACAAGUGAAACUAGCGAUAGAAACUUCAAACCCUUCCAGGGCAACAUCGAGCAACCAAAGGGCGAAAGCAGUUCUUCCAAGCGAAGCAAAAAGUACAAAAGGACACGGAAAGCAAUCCUACGCCAGGAUGCUGAGACACUCCUGCAACUCGCACCCGAGUCUCGAAGUAUUAUUUUUUCUCCGCUUUGGGAUUCUCAUAAAGGAAGAUGGUACUCGGCCAGCAUUGCCUGGACUCAAGUCCGUCACCGCGUUUUCACGUCUAAUGACGAGCUGUCCUUCCUAUUUGCAUUUGGUUAUAGUAUGAUGGCGGAGGUGCAUCGUUUGGGAUCAGUAUUUUCGGAGCAAUCCAAGUCAAGCCUGUUAGCGGGACUUAGCCAUGAACUUCGUUCUCCCCUUCAUGGCAUCUUCGGCAUGGCAGAUCUCCUCAACACGAGCGCUAUGAACACCCUGCAGCGAGGAUUUGUACACACGAUCUCUUCCUGCGCAUUCACACUCCUUGGGUCUAUCAAUCAACUUCUGGAAUAUGCAAGUAUCAAAAACCUUCGAGCGACCUCUGCUUCAGCUCAAUACCUUGGUGGCCCUAGCAAAGAGAAACUUCUCAAAGCUGGCCAGGAUUCACAGCGCUUAGAAGGCGACGAGAAGGCCUACGUCCAAAUGGCAGCUUUGAUCGAGGAUGCAGUAGAAACCGUCUUUGCGGGCUACUCUUUCUUCAAUGGCCUGCAGUUCCCGGUUGACGGCGCCAAUGAUGGCCCAUUCUUCGGAGCAGGUCGGUUUGAUACCCCUGGUGGCGUCCAGAUCAUUCUUGAUACCGCUCGCAUCUCAGAUUGGAACUUCCUGACUCUAUCUGGGGCAUGGCACGCCAUUUUGACGAAUAUUGUCGGCAAUGCCUUGAAGUUUACACAGCAUGGGUUCGUCCAUGUGUCUCUUGAUGUGGAUCCGGUGACCACAAUCCAGAAUGGUGAUGUCCAUAGGUCAAAGAUCAUAUUGACAGUCAAAGAUUCGGGAUGCGGCAUUGGCACUGAAUUUUUGCAAAAGGAAAUUUUCACCGCCUUUGCACAAGAAGAUGAUAUGACCAUAGGCAAUGGUCUGGGCCUCAACAUCACGCAGCGAUUAGUACUCUCCCUUGGAGGGAGCAUUCAGAUCGAUUCUCAACGAGGUGUUGGCACCGAAGUCAGAGUAUCCGUUGAUCUUGAUCAUAUUCUCACGGAUAGUAUCUCCACGGCAGAGCCUCUUACUACGCAAGAAAUUUCGACAGAUUUGUCACUAGCAUCCGCCAAAGACCUCGUUCGCGAUAAAAAGGUCGGACUUUUUGGCCACUGGUCUCUAGAUUCUAGCUCGUCGUUGCGCUCCUCGCUGCAGGAAUUAUGCAAAGUGUGUUUCCAAAUGAACGUCUAUAUAGUUUCGCCAUCUCAGUCUGAUUCAUCCGAUUGCGACUUUUACAUCUCGUCCUUUGAGUCCUUGACCAAUGGCGAUUUAGAUAUUGAGUCCUUUGUUCCGUCGCCGGUGAUCGUCAUAUGCCCGUCUCCUAGGAUCGCACAUUCAAUGUUUGUUGAAUUUCGAAAGCAAGGCAAUGAUGGUAUUGUCGAAUUCAUCAGUCAGCCAUGUGGACCACGGAAAUUGGCAAAGACCUUUGAAAUCUGUUCCAAGCGCCGACAACAGGGUGUCGCUACAACCGUGGUCACAGACGCACACCCGAUAGACAUACCCAAUGCUCCAAUAGCAACGGAGCUCAGGGAAUCGGAAUCUGACUCAUCCCUAGCUCUGCCUGAUCCAGAAUCUAGUGGCCAAUUUAGUCCUGACGACACCGAGAGUAAAGACUCCGAAAGCCCACCGGACGAGCCGGAGCUUCAUAUAGCUCCCGAGACAUCAACAGCUGCCAUUCUUCUUUCUGGCGGAGAUUCAACUGCGCCGAAAUUGGAUGGGGUCCACGAUCUCUCAGAACCCCAACAAGAUUUAGCAACCACUGUCCUCAUCGUAGAUGACAAUGAUAUCAAUGUCAGGAUCCUAGUCGAGUUUAUGAAGAGAUUGAGAUGCAAAUACGCAAUUGCAUUCAAUGGAUUAGAAGCUCUCGAGUUCUUCAAAGCAAAUUCACCCUCGAUUGCCGUGAUUUUCAUGGGUCAGUCUCAUAUCACAUUAAUCCUUAUGUCUGUCUACUUUUCAGCUAACCCCUUGGCAGAUAUUUCAAUGCCAGUGAUGGACGGCAUCGAAUCGGCUAGGCGAAUUCGUGGAUUCGAGCAGAAGAUUGGCAUCACUAACCCUGUUAGGAUCAUAGCAUUGACUGGCGUUGCGCAGAUUGACUUGCAACGUGACGCAAUCGGGGCUGGCAUGGAUUUUUUUCUAACAAAACCUGCACGAAUGAAAAGUUUAGUCCCUUUACUAGAGGGAACUGGAGCAUUUGCUGGGGGUUUGGUCAACAGUUCGGAGUAA